AUGAAAAAUUCGAAUCCAUUUCAAUUCUCUGAAUAUACGCAAGAAAAACCAAUUAUGCAUCCUGGAAUUGGACGACGUCUACCGCCUACACCACUUUCAAGUCAAAUAUUAUAUUUGUCACAAACUGUUCCACCAACAGCAAAUUCAUCACCACAAGUAAAGAAAUUCAUGAAUAUUCCGAGUCAUGGAGCGCAUUCGUACGACGACAAUUUUUUGAUUAACAGAUUCACUCAAUCAAAUUCAAGUAGUCGAAGAAUGCUAUUUGAUGAAACGAAAUUGGAUCAACCGCGAAUUCAUAAUUCAACGCCACUUAUUGCUGCGUAA